UUCUAAUAACUGGAUAGUAUCACUGGAUUUUAACCUGGCCUCCUUAUUGGUUGUUUUUUUAGAUGAACACAGAUAUCUUUUAAUCUCUGUUUUCAUUGGAAGAAUGAACAAAACAGCCAAUCAAUGAUAAGAAGUCUAAUUAAAAGCUAAGACAGAGGAGGUACAUCAGAUGAACACAGUAUAUAUCAUCAAGUCACAGAGUGUCACAAAAACACCCCCAAUCUGACAGGUCAAAUGUCCACCAGAAUAGCUGGCACCCUGACUUCAUCUGCAUUGGACCAGUCUCAAAAACAAACGAUACAGUGGACAAACAACACAAGGCGGAGGAGGACUGCUACGUCUCCCACAGCUCACAAGGACAGGGAAAAGUUUUUGCAGAACAGCAGAAAGGGGAAAGACAGAUAAAGGCACAGAAGACUCUGUUAACCAUGGACAAGAAAAGGAAGCUGGUGUUAUCCUUGUUCACUUUUGCUGUCGGUGUAAAUGUCUGCGGUGGAUUUGUAGCCGAGCGAUUUAAGCAAACUACCGAAGUGGUGAUGGACGAGGCUCAAUUCCCAGUCUUAUCAGAUUCCCCUUGGAUCAGUACUUCUGGCUCCUGCAAAAACAGAUGCUUUGAACUUCAAGAGGCAGAGCCUCCAGGUUGCCGCUGCGACAACUUGUGCAAGAGCUACACCAGUUGUUGUGCUGACUUUGAUGAGCUGUGUUUAAAGACAGCUGGUGGAUGGGAAUGUACAAAAGAGCGCUGUGGAGAGACAAGGAAUGAAGAUAACGCAUGCCACUGUUCUGAAGACUGCUUGUCCAGAGGAGACUGCUGUACGAACUACCAAGUUGUUUGCAAAGGCGGUGAACACUGGGUGGAUGACGUUUGUGAGGAUAUUCGGACUCCAGAAUGCCCAGCUGGUUUUCUUCGCCCUCCGUUGAUAAUCUUCUCCGUUGAUGGCUUCCGUGCAUCAUAUACCAAGAACGGUAGAAAAGUCAUGCCCAACAUAGAAAAACUAAGAACUUGUGGAACACAUGCUCCGUAUAUGAGACCUGUAUAUCCCACAAAAACAUUUCCCAACUUGUAUACUCUGGCAACUGGACUCUAUCCGGAAUCUCAUGGAAUCAUAGGGAAUUCAAUGUAUGAUCCUGUGUUUGACGCUGCCUUUAGCCUUCGAGGCCGAGAAAAAUUCAACCACAGAUGGUGGGGAGGCCAACCUAUAUGGAUUACAGCUGUCAAACAAGGAGUGAAAGCUGGUUCAUUCUUUUGGUCCAAUGUAAUUUCUCAUGAGCGCAGAAUAUUAACUAUUCUGCAGUGGCUAACUUUGCCAAACAAUGAAAGGCCGUAUGCUUAUGCAUUCUACUCUGAACAACCAGAUAUUGCUGGGCACCGAUAUGGUCCCUCUGAGAUGUUGCAUCAUACACUAAGAGAGAUUGACAAGAUACUGGGGCAGCUAAUGGAUGGACUAAAGCAAUUGAACCUACAUCGAUGUGUCAACAUUAUCUUUGUUGGUGAUCACGGGAUGGAAGAAGCUACAUGUGAUCGGACUGAAUAUUUGAAUACCUACCUGACUAAUGUGGAUGACAUUAUUUUGAUACCUGGAACUUUAGGACGUAUUCGUGCUAAAGCCAACAGUAAUGUUAGACAUGACCCAAAAGCCAUUGUUGCCAAUCUCACAUGCAAGAAGAUUGACCAACACUUUAAGCCCUAUUUGAAGCAGCAUCUUCCCAAGCGUUUACAUUAUGCAAACAACCGAAGGAUUGAGGAUAUUCAUUUGCUGGUGGAAAGACAGUGGCAUGUGGCUAAGAGGCCUGGAGAUGUUUUUAAGAAGUCAUCAGGGAAAUGCCUUUUCCAUGGAGAUCAUGGGUAUGACAACAAGAUCAACAGCAUGCAGACAGUCUUUAUAGGUUAUGGACCUUCAUUCAAGCACAAAGCAAAAGUACCUCCAUUUGAGAACAUUGAACUUUACAAUGUGAUGUGUGAUUUACUUGGAUUAAAGCCUGCCCCUAAUAAUGGAACUCAUGGAAGCUUAAAUCACUUACUGCGCAGCAGUACAUAUAAACCAAUCAUGCCAGAUGAAGUGGCCAGGCCACUCUAUCCUGUAGCUACCACACCUUCAUCUGACUAUGACCUGGGAUGCACAUGUGAUGACAAGAAUAGAUUGGAUGAACUCAAUCGACGUCUUCAUGUUAAAGGAACUGAAGAUAAACAUCUCCUUUAUGGUCGUCCUGCUGUUCUUUAUCGUACAAAAUACAGCAUCUUGCAUCACCAUGACUUUGAAAGUGGCUAUAGUGAAACAUUCCUGAUGCCUCUCUGGACGUCCUAUACAGUUUCGAAGCAGGCAGAGGUGUCUGGUGUCCCAGAACAGUUGGCUAACUGUGUAAGGCCUGACCUGCGUGUUUCUCCAAGCAAUAGUCAGAGUUGUACAGCCUACAGAGUGGACAGACAAAUGUCUUAUGGAUUCCUUUUUCCACCACAACUCAGUUCCUCAGCAGAGGCAAAAUAUGAUGCUUUCCUCAUAACAAACGUGGUUCCAAUGUAUCCUGCCUUCAAAAAGGUGUGGAAUUACUUUCAGCGGGUUUUGGUGAAAAGAUAUGCUAUUGAGCGGAAUGGAGUCAAUGUUAUAAGUGGACCAAUCUUUGAUUAUGACUUUGAUGGUUUGCACGACACACCGGACAAAAUAAAACUGUAUGUGGAAGGAAGUUCAGUCCCAGUUCCAACCCACUACUACAGUAUUAUAACAAGUUGUUUAGAUUUCACACAGCCGGCUGACAAGUGUGAUGGACCACUGUCUGUUCUGUCAUAUAUAAUACCACACAGGCCCGACAAUGAUGAAAGCUGCACUAACUAUGCUGAGGAUGAAUUCCGCUGGAUUGAAGACCUCUUGAAAAUGCACACUGCCCGAGUACGUGAUAUCGAGCUGCUUACCAGUUUGGACUUCUUCCGGAAGACCAGCCGAACCUACACAGAAAUCCUUUCUUUAAAGACGCAUCUGCAUACAUUUGAAAGUGAAAUUUAACUCUCUUAAACUCAGUCCAUCCAUCCUCUCAUGAAGUGGUGUAUAUUUUUAUAUUAUAUUUAUUAAUUUGAAACAGGACAUUAAAAUUAUUAGUUGUGUUUUUUAAUCUUGCAUCAAAUCUUAAAUAUAUUAAAGAUGUGCCAGUUGUUCUUGAUUCUUUAAUAUAGGGAAUACGUUUUUGGUCUUCUGACAAGAGACCUCUCGGAGUCCCUUCGUUGAAGCUUUUUAAAAUGGUCCUACAGUAUCAGUUACUUACUUUGAGGAAACUUAAUUUUUUUCCUAGCACUCCCUUGCCUCAUUUUUUUUUAGUCCUGUACUGUGUAUCGAACAUGUAAAAUGACAAUUACUGUUAACUAUGUGAUAGACAUAUUUAAGCUCCAUAGAGAAUAGAACCUUAAAUAUAAUAAAACCACACAUUCAGUUUU